AAAAUGAGGCUUUAUUUAUAUGAUUAGAAAAAUUAGGUCAGAAGUACAGAAUUAAGACUUCAGAUUUGAAAGAAGAUUUAGCUUAGUUGUUGAGCUGAAGAGGGGCAAAGAUGUUGGUAAAACAUUCGAAGUUCGUAUGCUUAUAUUACAUGGUGAUUGUAAUGAGUUGGUGUACCCCUGCAGUUUCAUUUUCAGUGAUCAACUCUCUUCCUGGAUUUAAUGCUCCGCUUCCUUUCAAGCUUGAAACCGGGUAUAUAGGGGUGGAUGAUGUGGAGUUUUUCUACUAUUUUACCGAAUCUGAAAGGAACCCAGCAGAGGAUCCUCUCUUGCUGUGGAUAACUGGAGGCCCUGGCUGCUCCAGUCUUUCUGGAUUUUUCUUUGAAAUAGGCCCCUUGCGUUUUAACAUGGUGGAGUACAAUGGCAGCUUACCUACUUUUUUCCUUAACCAGUAUGCAUGGACCAAGGUUUCAAGUAUAAUCUUCUUAGAUGCCCCGGUUGGUACCGGAUUCUCUUAUUCAAGGAUGCCGCAAGGUUUCAAGACUGGGGAUAUGAAACAUGCUAUUAGUUGUUAUAACUUUUUGAGGAAGUGGUUGGAGAGCCAUCCUAAGUUCCUCACCAAUCCACUUUAUAUUGCCGGCGACUCGUACUCGGGCAUGAUUAUACCUAUAAUUACUCAAGCAAUAUCAGAUGAUAUUGAAGACCAAGGCAUGCUGACAUUGAAUCUAAAAGGUUAUUUGCUUGGUAAUCCAUAUACAGACAGAAAUUUUGAUUUCAACUCAAAGAUUCCAUAUUGUAAUCGUAUGGCAUUUAUCUCUGAUGAACUUUACGAGUCAGCCAAAAAGAAUUGUAAAGGAGAAUACUCAAAGGUAGAAGGCAGAAAUCAAAGGUGUGCAAAUGAUCUUCAGGCUAUCUCAGAGUGCACUGCACGUAUAAACGAGAUGCAUAUCUUGGAGCCUUACUGCCCAUCUGAGUUUCCAGAAGUGGAUGUUUUGGAGAAUAAGCGUAAAUACUUUUUAGAAACAUAUGAAGAUUACCUGCAUAUGUCAGCUGGAUACCCUCAAUUUGGAUGUCGCAACUAUUAUUGUUACCUUUUGAAAGUUUGGGCAAGUGAUAUCAGUGUCCAGGAAGCACUCCAUACCAGAAAGGGAACAAUCAAAGAAUGGGUAAGAUGUAACAGGAGCAUGGAUUAUGACAAUGCUGUUCAGAGUACUCUAAGCUAUCAUCUUCAUCUCAAUAAAAGAGGUUACCGAGCUCUAAUAUACAGUGGGGAUCAUGACCUAGCUGUUCCUUACAUCGGAACCGAAUCAUGGAUCAAAUCCCUGAAUCUCUCUAUUGUUGAUGAUUGGAGGCCAUGGUUUGAUGAUGGUCAAGUUGGAGGAUACUCGAGAAAAUACGGAAAUGACUUCACAUUUGCAACUGUCAAGGGAGCAGGUCAUACAACUCCAGAGUACAAUCCCAAAGAAUGUUUUGCCAUGUUCAGUAGAUGGAUUUCUCAACAACCUCUGUGAUUAAUUGCUACAUGUGAAUUGCUAAAUGUUAAUUAUUUAAACUUAUGCAAAUGGAAUGUAAAAGUUGAGACUGUCUUGAUAAAUAAAUUCACGUAUUUCUGAUAUAAAUGCAGAUGGCGAGUAAGAAUUGGACCCA